AUGGACGUGGAAUAUGCCAAAGGCAGCCUCACAAACGCAUUGUUCAUUGUCCAAGCCCGACCGGAAACCGUGCAUUCGCGCCGCGAUGCGACCGCCGCUUUCAAGAUGUACAACAUCGACCACAAGGGCCGCACGCUAACCACUGGGCUGGCCGUAGGUGAUGCCGCUCUCUCCGUUCGGCUCUGUCUAAUCGAGCCUGCGUACGAAAUGGACAAAUUUAUCAACGCCUGCGUUCUCGUCACCGCCACAACCGACCCGGAUUGGGUGCCGAUCAUGGAGCGCGCUGCGGCGAUCAUCACUGACUACGGCGGCCGCACGUCCCAUGCUGCCAUAGUCGCAAACUCGGCGUUCCUGCCAUCGUGGACGCCCGUGAUGCCACCUACGUGCUGCAUUCAAGGCAGGACGUGA